GAUCGACUACUAUACAUACACUCAUAUAUACUUCCACUUCCACUACCAAUUAAAACAAUUUUAUCAGAGUUGGGUGCGGCCGCAUCAUAUCAUCUGAUCUAUAUAUAUAUGAUGAUGUCAAACUCCGAUGAUAGCAAUGGCAACGCUGCUGCUGCUGCAAAAGCUGCCUAUGAAGAUUACGAUCUGAAGCAUAUUUUCCAAGUUGCCCAACAAAUAUUGGUAAGUAGAGGAAGACCCGAAGAGUAUUGCCGCGCUGACAAUAAUCCAGGUUUCUUCACUGGUACCAUGGAUCAAUACGGAAGCACCAUAUCAGACGUCAGCCGCCAGAUGACGUGCAAGCUGAAUGAAAGCGAAGACGAGAAAACAUGCAAGAUACUGAAGGGAACGCUAAGAAAACAUUCAUGGAAGGCCAAAAUGGUGAUAGCCGUGGCGGCUCUUGCCUUGAAGUGUGGGAAACACCUCAUAAUCCCUUCUGAAUUGCCAGACUUGGAGAAGCGUCGUAAAUCCUGGGAGGAAAACCAGAUGAUUAAGUCUAUUUGGCUCCUCCAGCGGCUCCACAUCAUUUCUGAUCAUCUUCAAACUAAAAAUGAAGCGCAGCAGCCUCUGGAGCAGUGGCUAAAGGCACUUAAAGAUUUUGUGCAACAUAUGAUGAAGCUAACUCGAUUCAUAUUGUAUGAAAAACUGGAUCAAAUUCCUGAGGCCGACAUUCAAUGGAUAAUUAAAAGUGCAGUAGUUUGUUCGUCCCAGAUCACGCUCGCUCACCUUCUGUUACUGUCCAAUCGUCAAAACCUCUUUACAGCACAUGCCUUGAAACUCAAUCUCCUCACCGAGACGGUGAAGAAGACGUCCAACCAUUGGGCAACUGCUCAACGCACAAAUGCUGCUCAACACACCAUCCCUGUAGAAGGUGUCGCGGAAAGUCUUUCUUAAACAAAAGUAAAAAAUAAAAAUUCAUAUGCUUUUCGCCACACCAAAGCCUACAUUUUUUCAAUUACCCUCAUUUGCUACACCUGUACAGGUAUAGCUGAUGUGCAUCUUUGUACUAGUGUUUGUUAUUUUUUACUAUAUAUAUACUGCAACCAUAGGAUCCGGUCGUAUGAUCGAUGAAUGUUGAUUUGAAUUGUUCACUUCAUUGUAUGCUAUGUAAUUCAUAUAUUAUAUUAUAUUAUAUUAUAUGGUUUCAAUAUACACGCUGAUAUUGAAUUUGAAGC